GAGGGCGAGCGGUUCACGGAACCGGAGCAUUUCACACACUCGGACGGGCAAAGAUGGUCUCAAUUAAAUCGCCGUCUCUGACGCACAUGUCGCACGCACAGGUUCUGCUAGUAGUGUGCGGCGUCAGCUUCGCCUUCCUCGUCGUGCUGCUCCUCCGUCAGCUCGUCAAGCAGAGGAGACCCCCGGGAUUCCCCCCCGGGCCUUCUCCCAUCCCUGUCAUUGGGAACAUUAUGUCUCUGGUCACCGAGCCGCACGUUUUCCUCAAGAAGCAGAGUGAAGUUCACGGACAGAUUUUCAGUCUGGACCUUGGAGGCAUCUUGACUGUGGUGCUGAACGGCUACGACUGCGUCAGGGAAUGCCUUUACCAUCAGAGCGAGGUUUUUGCCGACCGGCCAUCCUUGCCUCUCUUCAAGAAAAUGACAAAAAUGGGUGGUCUUCUCAACUGCAAAUAUGGCAAAAGCUGGAUCGAGCACCGCAAGUUGGCAUGCAACUCGUUCAGGUACUUCGGCAGCAGUCAGAGGCUUUUUGAGAGGAAGAUCUCGGAGGAGUGCAUGUUCUUCGUGGACGCCAUUGAUGAGCACAAGGGCAAGGCCUUCAACCCCAAACACCUGGUGACCAACGCCGUUUCCAACAUCACCAAUCUGAUCAUCUUCGGCCAGCGCUUCACCUACGACGACAGCAAUUUCCAGCACAUGAUCGAGAUCUUCAGCGAAAACGUGGAGUUGGCAGUGAGCAGCUGGGCCUUCCUCUACAAUGCCUUCCCUUGGAUUGAGUAUGUGCCCUUCGGGAAACAUCAAAAGCUUUUCCGCAAUGCCGCUGAGGUCUACGACUUCCUGCUACAAGUCAUCAAGAGGUUUUCUCAAGGACGGGUGCCGAAUAUACCGCGGCACUACGUCGACGCCUAUGUGGAUGAGUUGGAGCAGAAUGCGGGAAACCCCGAUUCGUCGUUCUCCUACGAGAACCUCAUCUACUCGGUGGGGGAGCUAAUCAUCGCGGGCACCGAGACCACCACAAACUCCCUGCGCUGGGCCAUGCUCUACAUGGCCCUCUACCCCAAUAUACAAGAAAGGGUGCACAGGGAGAUUGACAGUGUGCUGGCAAAUGGACGAGCGCCCUCUUUGGAAGACAAACAGAAGAUGCCCUUCGUGGAAGCCGUCCUGCAUGAGGUUCUGCGUUUCUGCAACAUAGUCCCACUCGGCAUUUUCCGCGCCACCUCCCAGGAGGCACAUGUCAAUGGCUACACCAUUCCCAAAGGCACCAUGGUGAUCACCAACCUGUACUCAGUGCACUUUGAUGAGAAGUAUUGGUUGGAUCCCGGCGUCUUCUCACCACAGAGGUUCCUGGACAGCAAUGGUAACUUUGUGAGACGUGAAGCCUUCCUGCCAUUCUCGCUGGGGAGGCGUCACUGUCUCGGUGAGCAACUGGCCAGGAUGGAGAUGUUUCUGUUUUUCACUACUUUGCUCCAGAGGUUCCACCUUCAGUUCCCCCCCGGAAGCGUUCCCACAGUAGCGCCCAAAUUGGGCAUGACCUUGCAACCCAAGCCUUACUCCAUCUGCGCCCUCCGCAGGCAGCAGAAAGACACUCCUUAUCACAAGUAGGCAUGAAGCACACAAGUUCAUGUUCAAACUCGAUCGGAUUUUUCUACAGCGACCUACUCCACAACACACAGGUGCUUUAGACUCUAUCACCCGGGAUUGUAGUGGUGCCUUUUUUUUUUCUUCGUGGGACUCCCUUAUGGACGCGUGAUCAUUUAAUUAGGCAAUAUGCGUAUUUGCACAAUAGGCACAAAGCUGUGCUAUGCCAACUUUUUGAGACAGACGUGCAUUAUCGAUCGGUCUUCUGCGUAGCGCAGGACAUGAAAUGUCUCUGAACCUUGGCGAGCCAGGGAUGUGUUAGGUAUACGUUAAUGAUUUAUACUAAGUACAUUCGUGCUGGUUCACAGCCCUUCCUUCUCAGGGCAGCGUCAGGUCAGACAAAUGACAGACGUCAUUUGGAGCUGCGGGCUCAAUCGACACUUUCCAAGAACAUUCCGCACACGGCACGCUUUGGCUGGACACAGGCUUGCUUUACAUCAUCUGGACUGAUUUCAAACGCCUCCUAGGAGAGCGCUUUUUGGAAAGGCUUUCUCUUGGAAAGCCGAUGUAAAAGCUGGUGGAUUUCUUGAAAUCACUUACUGUCCUUCGUGGUGCUUAUCAGGACUUACAAAGUACUUCAUUUAGAUGUUUUUUGUUUGUUUGUUUGUUUUUAAUAUUGGUGUUUUUAUGUGUUCAUUAAGUACUUGCUUAACAACAAAAGGCAUGCUUUCUGCUUUGUAUUUCCAUUUUGAAUAUUUUGGAUGCAAUACUUGAAGAAUCAAAGGAUUACUGAGAGCAACAACAUAGUUAAGAGGAAUUUCUAUGUUGACUUGAGACUUGAAUUGUUUGUUUUGGUUUGUCUGAGUAAAUAAAUAA